AUGUCAGCCAGCAAAAUCGCACAAGCCGUGGCAAAAGACACUCUGGAAGAACGCCUCAACGAGUACUUAGACACCGCCAACUUUCUCUGGAUAAUUUUCCUUGUCCAUCUGUCCAUCUGGGCCGUCCACUCUUUUAUUGGGCACGUUUUAGAUUUUGUUAAUUGUGGAAUUAUCGACCCGCCACCACCGUUCAAAGCACUUGAACAAGCAUGGACCCUUUUGAAGCCAAAUCAAAGGUUUAUGAUGCGCAAAUUCACGCCGAUGCUGAUGAUUCUGUGCAUAUGGGCAGUCACAGGCUGGUCGAUGCUCAUAUCGUUCGGCAAAGCCUCUGGGACAGAAGAUGGAUAG